GGAUUAUAAACCCCGUUUGUCUUUUAAUUCCUCCAACAUUUUCUCUCCAUUCUCUUGGCAGUGGCGAUGAGGAUACACAUCACAGCAAGGAGGAAGAUCUUUUCAAAAAUCAACACAUACGCGAGCCAAAACAUCAGUUUAUUUCCUGAUGAGAAAUGGAAAUGAAGGGUAACCACUUUCUAUUUUUUCCACGCCGGCGAGCGCCUUGUUGACAUCGAUGACAUCAUUGCCAACGCUGUGUGGGUUUUCCUGAAAUAGACUCUUCCGUUCGCAAAAGGGACCGUCCCUUCUUCGCAUUUCUGUCGAUAAAUAGGCGAAAGUCCAGGUCAGGAGAUCAGAUGUUCCAGACACACGGCAGCUAGAGAAGCGCAGUGAACCAGACGAGGCAGCUGUGUUCCUAGAUAUAUUUGCAUAUCGAAUUAACCACGCAAUAGGCUCUACCUCCUAAGGCUCGACUCGCUGUGUUCUACCAGUUCGAAACACGUCACACACUGAACAAGACAAUGGAGACAUUCGCACCUCAUACACUGCUGUUGAGUUUUGCGUUGCUGGGAUGGAUGGUUCAGUCGGUCAAUCUGUCAGAGAUUGAAGGUAGUGGCGAGGACUGGCCACCCGCACGUGAGCGGUCUCGCCGUCCACGCUCAACAGAACAGUUGAAUAAUACCGUAACAGGUGUUUUACUUAUCCCGUCAAGCACGGAUGUACCGUUGGGGGGUCAGUUUCAGUUCCAUUGUAUGGGUUCGACGGAACCAGACUGCGGGGGUUACGAAGGCUGGCUGUACAAGGUGGUGGACCACGAAACGGGUGUUUUUCAGCCAGUUCAAGUUCAGAGAUACCACACUUGUAGCUGUGGUGGGAGGUGUCUCCUGAACACCACUUUCGUCAUGACGGCUGCUACUGUGGAGGCCGCCGGUACGUACGGGUGCGUGAUGCUGCGAGACGGUCCGCCUACCGAGACAACGGUUGCCAGGGGUUUUGGAAUUGGUUAUCAGCCCCAUGAGGCUAAUGUCACCGUUUGCUUAGAACCAGAUUUGGCGCUCCUGAGCAAUACCCAAGACAGUGACCUCAUCAUCAGGGUCGAAGAAAAAUGUAAGUUCCUGGGCGAGGUGAGCUGGAUCAUCAACGGCCACAGGGUUGGCCGCAGGUCGACAGAGUCCUCGGUGGCCGAUCCUUCGCUGCCUGCCUUCCAACGAGACGAUGACACGCUUUUGAUACAAUGUGAUCAGGGAAACCCCAAGAACAGCUGGUGCACUGUCAAGGCAGAAUUCAAGUACAUAACAAAUUCGCGUCGUCUGGAGGUUGCCACAGGAACGCUGAACGUAUCCGAUUGCUGCCUUGAGAACCCAUCGACCGAAGCCGCGUUCACCGACCCCGUUACGACACAGGAUCUCACGGAGCUUACGAGCGUGUUCACCCCAACAGCGAAGUCAAAAAUAAAGCCAUCCCCGUCUUCAUCAAAGGGUGAUUCGCCUGUGGUGGUGGCUGAGGUCAGUGCGGCUGUGCUGGGCGUGUCCACUAUCGUGCUGGGUCUGGCAGCAUGCUGCUACCGUGGGAAAUGGAAGCAUACUCGAGGGUCUCCAUCACGUGUAGCCGAUGCAGACCCCGUUACAGCGGUAUAAAGGGUACUCUACCGUCGGUCUGAGCCCGGGAACUCGUUCAGGCCUCUCAAAUUGGGAAGGCAUCGUCAAUUUGCAUAUUUCACAGACGUCGCGUCGUGGAUGAGAACAUUACAAAGCGCUGGAACUUCACAUCGUCUGUCGCCACCGUUUUCAGGGAUGGCCUUGGAUGCAUUGAGGGAUCAACUUGGGAAAUAGCUCACCAAGGUCUUACCCAGUCCGCAAUAACUUUCUCACUAGUCUGGUACAACAGUGUGGUUUUUGGAUGCUUAACCGACAGUGGCCUAAAAUGGCACCUUCCCAGAAAGGGUAGUUUAACUUCACUACUUUCCAUUUCCCCCAUACUGAAGGGGAAAAAAGGUCGGAGUGCCGGUGACAAGUGUUGCUCUUCACCCUAGAAGAGCCAGAGGCGGACCGUCUGCUCCACAUUUUUGCUCAUAUCGUUGUAGUGCUUUAUUUUUAGGUGCUGAUCCCUUAACUCUUUGCGAUCAUUUUGACACCAAUUUUGUGGGAAUCGAAUGGACUAUUCUCGCGCAGCGCCAUUUUUUCCGAGACAGAUCAGACAAAAGCUUUUCCACUGCCGCACUCAUGCACGCGUGUGGCCUUGAAUUUCGAAAGACUGUAGAUUAAGUUUAAACUUCACAUCACUGAUUUGGAGUGUCUCCACAUGCCAAGGUUUCCAAUCGAACAUUAGACCGCGGAGUUCUCUCAUUCGGGCGGGGGACCCUCCACCCCCUCAGGCUGUGAGAUGGUCCACAAACCGGCUCCUUUGGGGACAAGAUAGGUCCCGCCGAGAAUCAUUUCAUACUUUACUUCCCACAAAUUAGCCACCUUUGGGCUUAGGAUGACAAGUCUUAUAAAUGGCCUGUCAAAAAGUUUCACCUUAAGUGCCAGGGGACUAUAGGUGUCGUUACUAAGAAUUUUCCAUUUAUCAUGGGUUCCAAUGGAACCUUUAAGGGGAGGAUUAAUCAUAGACCGGGGCUAGUGGCCACUGAGGUCCAGGGGUCACCUUCCACCAUUCGCCACAAGUUCCCACUGAAUUCAUUGUGCCCUUUUACUUUUUCUGCCCAUAAUUUAUAGGUUAAGAUUUAGUUCCCUAAGUCGGAACAAUAAGCCAGAAAUUCAUAUAUCACUGAUUCUUGUGCCAGCGAUUCUCUAAUGGUAACUUAAUAUGAAUAACUGCUAUAAGGGGAUCGGUUUCCAGACUACAGGCAGUGAGUGUCAGAUAUGUUUGUGUACUAUGUGGAACCCUCAGAAUUUAGGAUGUCUAUGGGGUUCACUUUCUUGUCUUGUUUCUGACUAGCUUGAAUAUUUCUGAUUGGGUGAUCAGCAUGUCAAAAAUGUGAAAUACAGCACCAACACGCCAUUCACCUGAUGUAGAAAAAAACCCGGAGAGGUCAUGUAAUUUAUAAGUACAUGUACUUCUUUCUUAUGUAUUUUAUGUUAGUAGAUCCUUUAGACAUUUCAUGGGAAUGUGCAAAUUGAUAAGAUGUGUAUUAAGUUAUUGUAAGGUAGCAGUGACGCCAUAGCGUGUACUCAGUUUUAUUGUUUGAUAUUGAUGAAUCCAGCGACGUUCCACCGAACUCUCCCGAUGACCCCCUUAAGUAGCAGAAAGCACUGUUUGGGCUUUUUAUGGAGUAAAUCUUACGAACAGCCAUGGCUCCGUGCAGUAUACACGGACAUUGGCAGGGCACAUGGCAACUUGUCACCAUGGUCACGGUGUGAGCUUAAAGUCAAUGCAAGGCAAGACUUUCUCUUCACCAUAGCUGGAUGCCAGUGUAAAUAAGUCCAAGUGCGAGCGCUUCUUUUGAACCAGCCAUGAGAUGUAAUAUAAUGGGCUGUGAGAUAAAACUAUCACAGAAGGUUGAAGGACAGAGUUAACAAUUUCGCCACGUUCAUGGCUCCAAAACACAAUACCCGGUAAAGGUGAAGAAACGUUUUAGUUAAUGUCGAUGCUUGUACAUCAGGACCACUAGUCAAAAAACUUUGCACAAUGCCAGUAAUUCCUAAUUUUCUUGUUGCUUCGUCUUAUUUCAGUGUGAUUGUAGAACUUACUGUCUUUCAGAUCCUCUUAUUCAAACUUGGUGUAUUUACUUUGCAAGAUUUUGUAAUAAAGCUGUCAGGUCCUCCAAU